GGUAGAAAGAAAAGCUUUUAUUCGCGAUACGUAUCUGUGGAUGUAAUCUUUCCAACAAUAGUUGUUUGAUCCAUUUGUAUACAUUUGCUCAGUUUAUUGUUUUAUCUCAUCUCUAUAUCUCUUGGUAGUCUACAUUCCAGUGGAUUUUAUGCAUUGAAUCGAUUAGAUACAGACAGACAGCUUAUAUAUAAUGGCUCGUAUUUCAAAACCUACGCGUAUCUGUUUGAUUUUGUCAGCAGUCGCAUUGCUUUUCUUAGCCUUAUUAUGCGUAAUUGGGAUAUUUACAUUCAACUACUUAUUUACUUAUAUGAUUUCAAAGAAACUUGCUAUUAUACCCGGUAAUGAAGUUUAUGACAACUGGUUAUCACCAAGUGUGCCUGUGUAUUUUUCAGUAUACCUUUAUAAUCUGACUAAUCCUGAAGAAGUCCUCAAUGGAGAUCGGCCGAAGUUUUCAGAAGUUGGACCUUAUGUUUAUCGCGAGGAUCGACAACGAAUUAAAGUAAAUUUCUCUGAGGAAUCUCCUCCCAAACAAGUGGAAUUUCGACAUAGGAUUUUCUACUAUUUUGAGCCUGAACUUUCUGUCGGCCCUGAUGAUGAAGGACUCAUAACAAGUCUUGAUUUAGUGACAGUAGGUGCAAACGCUCUUCCAAGUGCCUACAAGUCUAUUUCAAUUUUCUACACAUUUACACCAUUUGUGACACGGUCGCCUCGUGAAAUCAUGUGGGGUUAUGAAGACUCAUUCCUAAAAUUUUGUACUAGUAUAAACUUUUGUGAAAGCAGUCUAGGUGGUAUGAUGGCCCAGAAAAAUGGUACAAAGUUUUUUGAUUUAGUUGUCGACACCGGUGUCGAUGAUAUAUCAAACGUUGGAAAAGUAUUAAAAUACAACGGGUUAACAGAGUUGGAUUAUUGGCGUACGACUCAUGCUAAUAUGAUAAAUGGUACAGAUGGUAGUACUAUAGCACCAGGAUUGAACAUGUCUUCUCGAAUAUACUUCUUCGUUCCUGACUUUUGUAGAUCUUUUUACUCAGACGCUGCCGGUUGGGCUACUGCAAAGCACGACAGUAGUGUACAUUUAAUUAGAUUUUCCUCUCCACGUGAACAGUCGCUAAAUGCAACACUAAAUCCUUUGAAUAAAGCAUUUUGUCCAAAGGUAAAGGCUGGUCCAGACUGUCCUCCAACUGGAAUGAUCCCCCUAUCACCGUGUUCUAACCCAAAGAUUGCGGUCCCGAUAUUUGCCUCUCAGCCACACUUUUUAGGAGCAGAUCCACACAUUCGUGAGGCUAUGGAUGGAAUAAGAAAACCGAAUGAAUCACUCGACUCUACUGUAUUACUUAUUGAACCGACUACUGGAUUCAUUUUGGAAGCCUACAAAAAGGUCCAGAUUAAUGUUUAUGUCGAAAAUGAUGGUGAUUUAGGUGAAGUCUACAGAAGCAUGAGAGGACCAUACUUUUUCCCUUUAGCCUGGUUCACUGAGUAUGCAGUAGCUGAUGAAAAGGCACUGAAAAAAAUAUCGAAUUAUAUUCUUAAACCAAAGAAAGUAAUACCUAUUGUUUUGGCGACUGUUGCUUCGUUGGCGCUUGUGUCAGCUAUUAUCUUGAUUGUUGUUCUCCUCACACGUUAUGAUCGAAAGAAGACUGACACCUCUUCUGUUCAUGCUCAAAGUGGGUCUGGAUUCUUGCCAGCCAGCACUACAUACCAUGAUAAAACAGGUGAUAGCCCGUUUGAUCAGUGGACAAUUAAACCCUCACCAGAACAUGAUGCUAAUCAGGACAAUGUAAUCGACUGCCUAGAGUUUUCUCCUAACAAAAUACCGUCUACACUAUUCAAACCCGUUACCGAAUCAAGACCUUUGCUCAAGCCUUCUGAUUCGGCUGGAAAAGCCGUUGCCUAGGUAUCUUAUCACACCGCUGCCACUAUUCUGCCUCUUAGUAUUCAGUCAUGCCUAAAUGCUGCUCACUUUUUAAUGAAAUCGAAUGAAAUACUUUUUUUAUGCAACAGUAAAAUAAUAAAGUGUAACUGUGAAAUACAAUUUCUUUUCGUAGUGCUUCCUUCUCAUAACCUGAUAAUCCCAGUGCUCCCUGAUACAUUUUCCACAAGUUGUGCUCAUUGUUACCACUACUGAAUAGAGAUAUACACACUUCACACAUCAUUCUACCUAGAAAUCAUUUUAUUAAUGAAUACAAUUCUUUUUUGUAUACGAAUUGCAAUCAAUCUGUCUCCUGAUUUUCGGUGGAAAAAAGAAACACAUCUAAACUUUCGGUUACUAGUUCACAGUUUCUUUUUAUUCGGUGCUUCUUGUUCCUUUGUAUAUUUUCAUUCUUAUAUACGUGAAAAAUCCAACACAGAAGAGAAUAUAUGUGUGUUUUGUUCUUUCUUAAACGUUUUGACCGUUUCACUUUGGAAUGAAAUUUAAGGCUGUCUUCAGAUAUCUUCUGUUUAAACACUUACGCAUUCCUAUCUUCCUGUUAUUUUGACUAGUCACCAGUGUUCUUUUGUUUUCCCCUUUUCUUUCAAGUCUUCGUUUGUUUUGUUUUUUUUACUUUUUCCAUUAUGUCUUUUAAAAGUAUUACGAUGAUUCUUUCAGAAAUAUAAGAAAUUGAGUCGUUCGUUUGUGGAUCAAGUACUUAGAUAAUAUAUUUUUGUUACACUGUUCAUAUUUUGCAUCUAAUGUGUAUUUUCAUUGUGCUUAGCCUCCGCUCUGCCUUCUGCCUAUCAAUGCUUUCUAUCAAUACUGCCUUCAAAAUAUGUAUUAUUCAUCACUUUAACCCAUCUGGCCUUUGUAAUUUUGUGAGAAAAUCAGUUUUUUUUAUUAUUAUUGAUAUUUGAUAUGUAAUAAACAUAAAUCUUAGUGUUGAUUACAUUAACUUUGUUGUUUUUUUUUCUGGUGUUUUUAAUGGGUGCAUUAUAAUUUCCGGGUGAUUGCGAAUAUAAAGUUUUUUUUUUCUUUUAACUAAGUCCAUAGCUGGUUGGUGAAGUAUGAUAUAGUUUCCUGGUGUUUCAUAAAGUAAGCGUCAUCUUGUUUGCUGUGAUUUUCUUUUCUUAAACAAUAAUGACACUGCUUAAUCUGAUAUAUCAUUCAUUAUGUCUAUGCUGUUUCAGUUUGUUCAGUAAACCGUCUAACAUAAAUCGCUUACUUUUGUUGCAUAGUCAUGAAUAUCACUCUGUGGAUUUAACCGUUUAAAUUAGUGCUGUUUAAAUAACAGUAUUAUACAUUGUUCAGGAGUAACCGAUUGCAUUUUAUGGGAAACCAACUCACAAG